AACGUUUUGCAUUAGAUAACUUAUCCUAUAUAUCAAACAUCAAGAUUUUAAUAUAUUCUAAUUACAUUUUUGUGUAACGUAUGUAUGCGCUUGACGUACAAGUGCUUGGCAUGCGAAUCAUGCGUACGUGUUCUCGUUCCACACCACUAGAAACGUGACAAACGUACGUGAUAUCGUUCUCCACAUAUCUAUAAAAGAAAACAAGGAUCACUGACUCCGUAUAACUCGGUCACUUCGGAUUCGAUGGCUCUGAAAGUUACCGAGAUAGCUCGAGUCCGCCCCGCCACUGACUCUGUCUUGUCUCGUAGCACGGUCGACUCGGUCAGUCUCCACCUCACCUUCUUCGAUUUGAUGUGGAUAAGGUUUCACCCCGUCGAACGAGUCUUCUUCUACAGACUCACCGAGCUAACUCGCGAGUCAUUCGAUUCCGUCGUUCUCCCUAAGCUCAAGCGCUCUCUCUCCCUCGUACUACUCCAUUACAUCCCACUCGCCGGCCGCAUCACGUGGGACCCACAAGAGUCGAAGCCGAGCAUCGUGGCCUCCAGAAACGACGCCGUUUCGGUGACGGUCGCCGAAACCGACGCAGACUUCGAUCAUCUUUCCGGCGAUGAGCAACGUCAGGAAACCGAGGUACGCGAGUUGGUUCCCGAGUUACCAGCCUCCGAUGACUCUGCCUCCGUCGUUUCUCUGCAAAUCACGUUGUUCCCCAACCAAGGAUUUUGCAUCGGCAUGACAGCACACCAUUCCGUUCUCGACGGCAAAACGGCAAGCAUGUUUAUUAAAUCUUGGGCUCACAUCUGCAACAGGGAACGUGGAUCUGAAGUCUUUGACUCUCUGCCGGACGAUCUAUCUCCGUGUUUCGAUCGUACGGUCAUCAAGUACCCAACAGGACUCGAUACGAAGAUGUUGGAGCUGUUGUCAUCUAUCUUGAAGGACAAAUCCAAAGCACGAAGCUUGAAGCCGUUGCCGGGAAGGGAAAUCAGUAGCGAAGUCGUCCGGGUCACGCUCGAGCUGACUCGGGAGGACAUCGAGAAACUCCGGGAGCGAGUCAAGAACGAGUCAUCAUCACAAGAUUAUUAUCACUUGUCAACUUUUGUCGUCACGUACGCAUACGUGUGGACAUGCAUGGUGAAGGCGCGUGGAGGCGGCGCGGACACGUCCGCAUGUCUCGGCUUCGUCGCCGACUUCAGGGACCGGUUAAAUCCGCCGUCCCCAGCGACGUACUUCGGAAGCUGUGUGUUUCCGGUGGGUUGCUACGACGCAAACACGGGGGCAUUUUCGGAAGAGAAUGGCUUUAUCACGGCGGUCAAGAUCCUUAGCGACUUGGUCAAGAGAUUAGGUUCGAGAGGGAUAGAGGAAAUCUUCGAGGAGAUGGUGGAGGGAGCGAGGAGGCUGAAACCGGACACGAAGUUGGGGUCGGUAGCCGGGUCGACCCGGUUAGGGUUUUACGGGUCGGAUUUCGGGUGGGGCAAACCGGUGAAGGUAGAGGUCGUGUCCAUAGACCAGAACGGAGCGUUUUCAUUGGCGGAGAGAAGAGAUGAGACAGGUGGGGUGGAGAUUGGGUUGUGUUUGGAAAAGAGUGAAAUGGAAAAAUUAGUUUCUUUCUUUAGAAAUGGUCUGACUCCGAAAUAGACCAAAAAAAAAAAAUGUUUUUCAUGACAUAUGGGUCUUGUAUUUGUGGACAAUGUUCCACAUUCUAUUAGUUUCAACAUUUGCCCAUGUCCUCGUUUCAAUUUAUGAUGUUAUUUGUUGGUUAUUGUC